AUGGAGUUCACAUCCACCUCGGGAGGCUUCCGCUCUAGGCGUUCAUAUCCAAGCCUCAACCACGUCUCUCUAGCACCCUUAACCCCACGAUUCCCCAUCGAUGACGACACAGAAGGAGACUAUUUCAACCACCACGACAAUGACUCCUACCUAUCCAGCAUCUCAGUCCCCAGCACACCCCCAAUCCUCUCCCAUUCGCGCAGUAACUCCCGCACCCGCCACCACACCCGCAGCAAAAGCUCAACCCUCGCCCCAUUAAGCGACACAAACCUCCAAUCCCGCAAUUUCGCACCCCCCUCCACCACAGAAAACCAAACAGCAUCUCCAUAA